GAUGGGGUCCCCGCACUGGAAACGGCUCUGCCUUUUGCUCCUGGCAGGUUUAACAUCCUCCCUGCUCCUCUACAGUCACUACUACGCUACGGUGGAGUCGCCCACCAGCCAGAGGAUCAUAGCCAGCCUGCUGCAGCCAGAGCUGCUGGUCCUGGCUCCGCCGGGGACAUCGCGCCGGGCUGGCAGCCGCAGAUGGCCCCUUGAAGGCGGCUUAGAGAGCGGGAAGUCCUUCAAGCCUUCUGCCGAGCUGGAGGAGCCCAAGCCCAGCAGAAAGCAGCCCAGCACGUGCCUCCGCUCAGUGAUGGCCAGAGCAAAGGCAGACCCCAAGUUUGGGGAGAUCUUCCUCUUCGACACCCCCGUGCUAAUGUGGGACCAGCACUUCACCCCGGAGACGUGGGACAGGCUGAAGACACGACACGUCCCCUACGGCUGGCAAGGCUUGUCCCACACAGUGGUGGGCAGCACCCUCCGGCUCCUCAACACCUCCGCCAACAGGCACCUCUUCGACAGGGACGCCUUCCCCGGGGGCUGCGUCCGCUGUGCCGUGGUGGGCAACGGCGGCAUCCUCAACGGCUCACGGCAGGGCAAGGCGAUUGAUGCGCACAACCUGGUCUUCAGGCUCAACGGUGCCGUGAUCAAAGGCUUUGAGGAGGACGUCGGGACCAAGAUCUCCUUCUACGGCUUCACGGUGAACACCAUGAAGAACUCCCUCAUCGCCUACGAGGAGUAUGGCUUCACCCAGAUACCCCAGGCCAAGGACCUGAGGUACAUCUUCAUCCCCUCGGAUGUCCGUGACUAUGUCAUGCUGAAGUCGGCCAUCCAGGGCAGCCCAGUCCCCGAGGGCUCGGACAAGGGGGAUGAGCCACGGAAGUAUUUUGGACCGGAGGCGUCUGCGGAGAAGUUCAAGCUGCUGCAUCCAGAUUUCUUGCAGUACCUGACAGCGAGGUUCCUGCGGUCGGAGCUCCUGAACACGCAGUACGGCUCGCUCUACAUGCCCAGCACCGGCGCCCUCAUGCUCCUCACUGCGCUCCACACCUGCGACCAGGUCAGUGCCUACGGGUUCAUCACCGCCAACUACGAGCAGUUCUCAGACCACUACUACGAGCUGGAGAAGAAACCGCUGGUGUUUUAUGCCAACCACGACAUGAUGCUGGAGGCAGCGCUGUGGAGGAGCCUACACCAAGCAGGGAUCAUGACCCUCUACCAGCGGUGAGGCCGGGCGGUCGCCCACAGGGGCAAGUCCAAGGACUCCUGUGGCUCUUCUCCUCUUUCCCGAAGGCCACCUUCUCCCUCCCAAGGGCUCUCCCCAGCUGGCCAGCCAGCCCAAGGAGCUGCACCGCAGCCGGCGGUGGUGUGAUGGUAAGGGGCAAGCCGAAGCUGGUAAUGUUGCAUUUCCUUGGGGAUCUCCGCAAUGUUUUGUGGCUCAAUGUGAUUGAAAGUGGCCUUUGGGGCACCAAGAAGCACCACGGCACGUGGCUGUGAACUCCUAGCCCCACAAACACAGCUGUGGGGCAGCAGCGGCCCCUGUGAAGCACAGGAGGAGUAGGGUGAUGCUGGAAGAGGAUGCUGGAGAUGUGUACAUGUGGAAAACGCCCUUCACCUUGCCAUCACACUCCAGCUCAAAUGCUCGUUACCGUGGUGGGACCACAACAGGCAUGAUGAAUCCUUGGACUGGAGACGAGAUCAUCCAGCUAACAGGAAGGUGGUGUGUUUGGAGAACACCUCCCUCCCAGACUGCAGAAAGCCCGAACUCCAGCCACCUCUGGGUUGACAUGUGCUGCUUUCCAGAAGGAUCAGUUUGCCUCCAUGAUCAGCGGGAAAGACAGCGGCUUGGCUGCCCUCUCCUGUGACAGACACACAGUGUGCCCUGUCAUUUUCCCCUUCUCUAGGUCAUGGUGUUUUCAAACAAGGAAGGGUCUUAAAAGCCAUCAGCUAAGAGUAGGGUUACUGCAGCUCAGCCGGGACAUCGGAAACGUGGCUGGCCUUCGAGCAUCCUGGAGAUGCGAGCUGGCCUACUGCCCACGUGUGCGGUAGUGCGUUUGUUGGGUUUUUCUUGCACGGGGACCAUGUGGUGCCCUCUAAGUGCUUUGAGAAGGCAGCCCCAUGCCAGGUGGGUUAGGGAACCUGCUAGCUCGUUGGGUGAGUCAUUCUUUUAAUUUUUUUUCCUCCCCAAAAACCCGAGGGAGGUGAAGCUCUUGAACCCUUCAGCCACCCCAUGUAAGCCAGCGCUGCUAAGGAAGACCCACUGGCGAGGCUGCUCCAGCUGGUGGUGGCCGGAGGGUUGAUAGGGAAUAGCAGAGGGAGCGGCGUAACCUGAGACACUUUCCCACUUUGUGUAAUUACAUAAAUGUUGAAUGAUUUUCUUUUAUGCCUGUUUCUGUUGUUUUGAUGAACUGGGUGGGGGUGAGAGCCCCUACCUCCCGCAGCAGGGGAGCUGUAGCAUGUAGUAGAGCAAACCUUUGACUGGGGAA